GAAAAAGCAGAAACACCACAAAAGGUUUGGAUUUAAGUGGUGUUUCAUGGUGAAUUGUUUCUUUUUUUUUUCAAGAAUGAGAAAUCUCAAACGUUAAAUCUCAACAAAAAUCAGGCUCACAAUGUGUGGUGUGGCAUUGUGUUCACAGAUUGCUAUUGUUUUUUUUACUACCCUCUAUCUGCAAGCCUCCACUUUCUUUGGAGGAUGUGUAUUUUUUGGGAACAUCAAACUCGCAUUGAUCAUGUACGUAGUCAUUAUAAACAUAGCAACACUCAUUGUAUUCGCUGUUGACAAACAUUUAGCCAAAAAACAACACCAACAACAAUUACCCAUACCACUCUUUACUGAUUACGACGCGUACAAUCUUGAAUCAGAAGGAGAACAAAUCAACACAAAUAUCGUCUAUACGUUUAUGCAUCGUAAAACAAGGAUUGGAGAAUGCGUUUUGUCCUACUUAAUCUUCUGCGGAGGAGUGCUGGGAGCGUGGGUUGGAAUGUUUGCAUGCUGGCAUAAAAUUAAGAAAAGAAAGUUUGUUAUUAAAGCGUGUUUCUUUACUCUUAUAAACAUGUGCUGGCCGGUGGUCUGGUUGAUAGCCACAUCAGAUAAAACAAUGUCUUUUUGUAACAAUGGGUAACUUAUGUUAAAUGGAAGAAGUUUAGGAAAUCGGUAGCUGCGGAAACACCUGUCAUACCUGUAUGACCAAAAUCGUUUUUAUUUACCUACGUUUCAUGUACUAUUCGUUUUAAAUACUCAUUUUUAUUUAUACCCUGCUAAUGAAAGAAAGAAAAAAUGUAUACUUAUAAUGAAAAACUAAAUUUCUUGUAAAAA